AUGAAAGGCCUGGUUGCUGCUAUCUCUGCUUCGUCUUCAGAUGCACCGAAAGCGAGGGUUAAACGCAAACCGAGAACGGCUCCGGAGCUUCCGACUUACGUAAUUAUGUUCACAAAUAGAGGAGUUAAGCGUGAUUUCCUUCUGAAGAUGGUCGUGCUGGAAUGCCCUGCAGUAGAAUAUGAAAAACUGUUCGCGACUUUCUGUAUCUCUCCACUACCCAUAUUGUGA